GUGUGCACGAUUACUUUGAGCAUUACUGCGUCCCAUUCGGGGCCAUCACCAUGCCGCUCGUCUUCUGCCCCAACUGCGCCAAUGCGCUGACCAUCUCUCGCAUGGAGUCGACGACCCAGUAUCCCAUGGGAAUUAACCGAUUCGAAUGUCGCUCAUGCCCUUACGAACACGCCGUGCAGAUCGAGUACUACGAGAAGACCGAGAUGAAGCAGAAGGAGGUGGAGGACGUGUUUGGCGGCAAGGAAGAAUUUGCUAAUGCCGACAGCGUCGCCACGCAAUGCCCUGCGGAGAGCUGCAACGGGGACCGUGCAUAUUUCUUCCAGCUGCAGAUUCGAAGUGCAGACGAGCCGAUGACUACAUUCUUAAAGUGUACGUCGUGCGGUGCACGGUGGCGAGAGAAUUGAGGACCCCCUGUUGCCUCUAGUGACCGGGAAGUGUUUCAGGACAAAAAUGGCGCAUUUACGAGUUAUGGCGUUUUGGAGAGAUCACAGAGCCA